CGGACAAAGAAUUAGCAAGCGGGGGUGCCGAACGAGAUGGGAGGCACGUGUGGAAGGAACACCAACAGGAGAUGCCUCGAGAACAAGAGGAAUCGAUAACCCAGGGGGUGCAGCGAUUGCGCGUGGGGGAGCGGGCAUUGGAGGCAGACGGGCCAGUCGGGGGAGGCGACGAGUACGAAGACGGUGACGAAGGCGAGUGCGACGCACAGGACGACGACACGGGCAACGUGUCCCGAUUGCGGACGGCUAGCAUGGGCGAUCGGGCCGGUAAGAGCAGGGCUUGUGCGUCGGCGGGCCGACGGCAAAGAAGGUGGUGGGUGGGGGUGGCGAGGCCGAAGACGACGGGGAGGCAGAGGGUGGCCAGAACUUCUGCAGUUCAAGAAGGUGCACUUCAAGUUGUUCAGGGUGAGUUUGGGAAGGAAGACUUCUUCUGGUUGUCGGCAAAGGAGAGGCUGACAAUGAGGUUCCAUUUCACCAUGGAUCGGGCCGUCUACGUUGAGAUCAAGGGAUCGAUCGCAAAUAGUCACACAAUACACCCCCAGACUGUCGCAGACACCGGCGGAGCAGGAGGUGUGCAACUUCCAUCCGGGUCUUCGGGCACUCCUGAAUCUGUUGGCGAUGGGGAUGCGGGUGGCGAUGGCAACGAUGAAGACGACAACUCGACGAGGGGUUGUUCACAGACCACGGGCGGCCUUGGCGGUUUUGGGAAGAGGAAGAACGUGAGGCAGCAGACUUUCGAAGCCCUCACCGAGUGUAUGGAGAAGCACGGGACGCUGAUGGCGUCGACCUUGGAGAGCGCUAGCAAGAGGCAGUGCUCCAUCCAAAUUCGGCAGUGCUCCAUCCAAAUUCGGCAGUGCGAAGCUUUGGAAGCGGAGGUGGAGGUGCAGAAGAAACCCUAUGUGGCGUCGAAUGAAGUGAGCAAGAUGAUGUGCCACGGGCUGAUGGAGAUAGCGAAGGCCAUACCAGACCGGUAGACACGGCUGUCUGGAAGAGAGUGCCCAGGUCAAGGCGUGGACCGUUGUCCUGCUUUCGGGCCGUCAUGCCAGGAAUGGUGAGUGCCCCCUCCGUAGUUUCUCGUAUGUGCUUGCUUUGUGCU